AUGCAGAGUCAUGGGAGGUUUUUGUGGAUGAUGCAAGGAAUGUUUAAAGCCAACGGUGGAUGUGGCUAUGUGAAAAAGCCUGAUGUUUUGCUCACCAAUGGUCCUGGAGGUGAAAUAUUUGACCCUUGUAGUCAAAACCUCCCCAUCAAGACAACUCUUAAGCUGAAGAUCUACACUGGAGAAGGAUGGAAUAUGGAUUUUCCUCUACAUCACUUUGAUCGAUACUCUCCUCCCGAUUUCUACGCAAAGGUCGGCAUCGCAGGGGUUCCUUUGGACACAGCAAGUUACAGAACAGAAGUAGAUACAGAUGAAUGGUUUCCAAUUUGGGACAAGGAGUUCGAAUUCCCAUUGCGUGUUCCUGAGUUAGCGCUUCUGUGUAUUACAGUCAAAGACUACGACAGUAACACUCAGAACGAUUUCGCUGGCCAGAUAUGUCUUCCGUUGUCUGAGGUCAGGCCUGGUGUUCGAGCCGUCCGGCUCCAUGAUCGUGCUGGAGAGGUCUACAAGCAUGUGAGACUGCUCAUGCGGUUUGUCCUGGAACCUCUUUAGUCGCUUCGUGGAUGAUGUUCAUUUAUCACUCGUUUCAAUAAGUGUCGGUUACAUU